GUGUGGCAUCAGAGCCAGGCUCUCCCGGCGCACACCGGCGCACACACGUGACCUGCUCUUGGCGCCUGAACCACUCGCCGCAGGGAGGCAGGGCAGCCGCCAUGUCCUUCCACCACGACACCCGCAGCGAGUCGGCUGCCGACCUGCAUGCCAAAGAGGUCACCUCGCCAGGGCUGUGGAAGCAGCGGAAGCGGGAGGUGAAGCAGGUCGAGGAACAGGCCGGGGCGCCAGUCAUCUGGGUGUCGUGGCUCAACCGGGGCACCAACUUCAGCCACGAGGAGCGGCAGGAGCUGAGGCUGGAGGGGCUGCUGCCUCCCGUGGUGGAGUCUCUCGACCUGCAAGCGGAGCGGGUGAUGUGCCAGCUGCGGGAGGAGAAGAAGACGGACCUCAUGCGCUACUCCAUCCUCAACCAGCUGCUCAGCUCCAACCAGACACUCUUCUACAAGGUGGUGAUGGACAACCUUGAGUACUGCGCACCACUCAUCUACACCCCCACAGUGGGCGAGGCCUGCCAGAAAUUCGACCACAUCUACCGCGCGCCGCUGGGCCUCUACCUCUCAGCCUUCCAGCACCGGGGCCGCUUCGAGCAGGUGCUGCGCAACUGGCCCAGCCACAACGUGCAGAUCAUUGUGAUCACCGACGGCUCCCGCAUCCUGGGGCUGGGAGACCUGGGCACCAACGGCAUCGGCAUCUCCAUCGGCAAGGUGGCCCUGUACGUGGGCGGCGGCGGCUUCCACCCGGAGCACUCGCUGCCGGUGGUGCUGGAUGUGGGGUGCAACCGCAAGGAGAUGGUGCAGGAUGCUUUCUACAUGGGCGAGCGGCGUGAGCGGCUGGAGGGGGAGGACUAUUACGGCGUGGUGGAGGAGUUCUGCACAGCUGUGAAGAAGCUGUGGCCCAACGCGCUGCUGCAGGCAAGGAGUGUGGGAGGCACGGUGGCCUUUGAAAUUCUGCACCGCCACCGCAACAAGCUGCUGUGCUUCAAUGAUGACAUCCAAGGCACCGGCGCGGUGGUGACCUCAGGCUUUGUCAACGGCAUGAAGUUCCAGAAGACCGAGCUGCAGGACGCCCGCGUCGUGUUCUACGGCGCCGGCAGCUCUGCGGUUGGCGUGGCCGACAGCAUCGCCACGUUCAUGGAGCACAAGGCGGGCAUCAGCUGGGAGGAGGCGCGCAAGCGCAUCUACAUGGUGGACUCCAAGGGCCUGAUCACAACCACCCGCGGCGACCACCUGGCGGAGCACAAGAAGCGGUACGCGCGGGACGAUGGCACGCCCGACAUGAAGGACCUGAAGGACAUCGUGGCUCACGUCAAGCCGCACGCCCUCAUCGGCCUCAGCGCGGCGGGCCCCAGCUGGCCCGAGCCCGUGAUCAGGGAGCUGGGCGCCAGCGUGGACUGCCCGCUCAUCUUCCCGCUGUCCAACCCCACCGACAAGGCCGAGGUGACGGCAGAGAACGCAUACAAGUGGUGCGGCGGCAAGUGCGUGUUUGCCAGCGGCAGCCCCUUCCAGCCUGUGCACCUGGAUGGCACCACCUACGUACCUGGCCAGGCCAACAACGUCUUCAUUUUCCCCGGGGUGGGCUUCGGUGCUGUGAUGGCCAAGGCCAGCACCGUCACCGACGAAAUGUUCGUGGCGGCCUCCCAGGCGCUGGCCGACUGCGUGACAGAGGAGCAGCUGCAAGCCAAGCAGAUGUACCCCAACAUUAAGGACCUGAGGGAGGUGUCGGCCAAGGUGGCAGCCGCGGUGGCGCAGGCGGCGUUUGAGGGCGGCGUAAGCGGGCUGGUCAACGCGCCAGAGUACUGGAUGGAGUAUAUUCAGGACAGGACCUGGUGGCCCGAUGGGCGCACCACCCGGACUGCCGGGUGCCCCCUGCAGCCCCCCAACGGUUUGCCGGGGCGCCCGCCGCUGCACCCGCCCGCCGGCCACCAUGCCUCGCACCACCACCCCAGCGGCGUCCCGGCACACCCCUGAGGGGUAGGUAGAGCGGCAGUGUGUGCAUGUCUGUCGCCAAAAGGAUGACUUGUUGUAACAGACUUUGUCAUGG